GCCGGCUCGCUGGGAGGGACGAAUCUGCCUGGGGACGCGUGCCUCGUUCUCACCUCGGAUCUAAAGCCCCGACUCCGGUGGACAGCGGAGCUCCACGAGAGAUUUGUCGACGCCGUCACGCAGCUCGGCGGCCCAGACAAAACCUUGGCUGCACUGCAUCAUCAAGAUUUAUUACCUUAAGUUGGCAGAUGCAAUAGAGGACUAUUGUAUUAUAUUUGUUGAGAAAAGCUCUUGAAUGAAGAAAUAAGGAAUUUCCAGCAACCAUUGUGCACAAGCGAACAUGUGGCUUAGUGGUAGAGUUUCUGAAGUCCAACCUAGAGUGGCAACACCUAAGACUAUUAUGAGAACAAUGGGGGUAAAAGGCUUGACUCUUUAUCACUUGAAGUCACAUCUUCAGAAAUACAGGUUGGGAAAGCAAUCAUGCAAGGAGUCAACUGGCAAAGCUAAGGAUGCAUCUUGUGUUGCAGAAAGCCAGGAUACAGGAUCAUCUACAUCAACUUCAUCAAGAAUUAUGGGACAAGAGUUGAACAAUGGUUACCAGGUUACUGAGGCUUUGCGAGUGCAGAUGGAAGUCCAGCGACGGCUGCAUGAGCAGCUGGAGGUGCAGCAUCACCUCCAACUUCGGAUUGAAGCACAAGGAAAGUACCUGCAGACCAUACUAGAGAAAGCUUGUAAAGCUCUGAGUGAUCAGGUCGCUGCAUCUGCCAGGCUUGAAGCUGCUAGGGAGGAGCUUUCAGAGCUAGCUAUCAGAGUCUCAAAUGACUGUCAAGGAGUGGUCCCUGUUGAUGCCAUGAAAAUACCCUGCUUGUCCGAACUAGCUGCUGCUUUAGAGAGCAAAAAUGCUUCUACUAUGCCGGCUCACAUUGGUGAUUAUUCUGUUGAGAGCUGCUUGACUUCUGCUGGAAGUCCAGUUUCUUCCUUGGGUGUAGGUUCACAGGCUGCAUCUUUGAAGAAGAGAACAAGGCUUGUAUUUGGUAACGCCGACUCAUUGCCCUUGGAGGGCAACAUACGGCAAGAAGUGGAUAUAUGAUGAAUGAUAUUGGAUGAGCAUAAUGCCAGCCCUUAUCCCUAAAUCAGAAUUCCCCUUUGCCAUUUUAGGGUUUUAUUCUGUUAUUGUUUUCAUAUUUUCCAUCCUUUUUGACUGCCUCUGUGUCUGUAUAUUCUUAAAGAUCAUUUAACUUAAUCUUGUCUCCCUUUAUUCAUGAAAGUGGCACAUUGGAAGUCCCAUGGUUUGCUUCUCUUGGUAUAUACGAUACUCAGAAAUACCUGUAGCAGGUAAAGUGAAUGUGGAAUGCUAGAUGGGGAACUAGUUGCGGCUUUUGUUCAAGUGAUUCUUAACGCUUUUUGAAAUCUACAUGGGAAACCUUGUAUGAAAGGUACAAUCUUGCCUGAUGUAUCCCUUGUGGGUUAAGCUAUUGGAGAUUAUAAAUUGUCAUGAAAGAUGUUAAUGCUGA